GUCAACCCACCAGCCAAUGCUCAAGCCUCCGAUAAAGUCCGCUAUCGCAAUGCCGAGGAGGCGAUCGAUGGUCCAGCUGUGCGUAACACUAACGUGUCCAAGGUCAUGGGCAACAAAGGUCAGUUGCUGCCAGAACAGACCCAGGAAGAGUGCGCUUGUGAUGAACCAGCCGUGACGGUAGGCAUAGAAAGAGAUGCCCGCGAGCAGAGUGUACCGAGCAAUCUCAGGUCCGUAGCCCGAGAUAUAGCGUGUGUUGUACAAGCCAGCGUCACGAACACGUUUGUGAAGGACUUUGUAUGCGUCUGAAUGUCGGGUCUGAUCCUCGAGUGACAGGGUAGAGGUCGGUGGCUCGAUCUGGUCACGCGUGGGUGCAUCCAGACUCUCCGUCCGGUUUUGAAUCAAGAGAAUUUGGGUAGCGCCCUUGCGAUGAGUCUGCGCCUCCUUAAACCAGGUCUUGGUAUCUGUCCUAACCCAGCCAGACAUAACAGGAGGAAGCAGAGGCUUCCAUGGCAGCUCCACGGUUCCAACCUGGUACUUCCGAAUGCUCUUGAGGACGGGGUCUGGAUGGGCACCACCAGGAUGUUGUUCCAGCCAUUUUGGAGGUAUGCGGAGGAGCAGGCCAUGGUAGACAAUUAGAUGAGCCCCUGCGAGUAUUUCGGCGGCAACUGCAUCUCGUGUCCAAACAGUCAUGAGGGUG